UGUUUAGUUCUCCGAUUGAAUUCCUGAUAAACCCAAGUGGCUAAGGCUGUGUAAUUACAAGCCUCAAACUCGGAGCGAGCGCGCCAGCCAUGGCCAUCCUCGCUCUCCCUCUAGUCAUCUCCUUUCUCAAGCCCCACACUUCCCGCCUCUUUCUCCUCCGCUCCGGCAAGCCCAAUCCUACCCAUCUCUGCAACCCACUCGGCUACUGCCGCCGCUUCACCAAAACCAGCGUCUCUGCAAUUAGCACCUCUGCUGCUCCACAGCAUGACUCUUCUACGAACCCAAUUAGUGUUCCCCAGAAAACCUCUGUCCUCACUUUCCAACAAGCCAUUCAACGCCUCCAGGAAUAUUGGGCUUCGGUUGGAUGUGCCAUAAUGCAAUGUAGCAACACAGAGGUUGGAGCUGGGACUAUGAAUCCCUUGACAUUCUUAAGGGUUCUUGGUCCAGAACCGUGGCAUGUUGCGUAUGUGGAGCCUAGUGUUCGACCAGAUGAUAGUCGUUAUGGCGAAAACCCAAACAGGCUCCAGAAACACACUCAAUUUCAGGUUAUAUUGAAGCCUGACCCUGGAAACUCACAAGACCUUUUCAUCCGCAGCUUAUCAGCUUUAGGUAUCGAUGUUUGUGCACAUGAUAUACGAUUUGUGGAGGACAACUGGGAGAGUCCGGUGCUUGGAGCUUGGGGUUUGGGUUGGGAAAUCUGGAUGGAUGGGAUGGAGAUUACUCAGUUCACCUACUUUCAGCAGGCUGGAAGUCUUCACUUGUCGCCAGUAUCUGUUGAAAUCACUUAUGGUCUUGAGCGUAUCCUCAUGUUGCUUCAGGGAGUUGAUCAUUUUAAGAAAAUUCAAUACGCUGAUGGAAUUACAUAUGGGGAGCUUUUCUUGGAGAAUGAGAAGGAAAUGAGUGCAUAUUAUCUAGAGAAUGCUGGGGUGCACCAUGUUCAGAAGCAUUUUGAUCUUUUUGAGGAGGAAGCUCGCUCCUUGCUUUCUUCAGGCCUAGCAAUACCUGCGUAUGAUCAGCUUCUGAAAACAUCUCACGCUUUUAAUAUCUUAGACUCUAGAGGCUUUGUUGGGGUAACAGAGCGUGCUCGGUACUUUGGGCGGAUGCGUAGUUUAGCUCGUCAGUGUGCACAACUUUGGUUAAAGAGCAGGGAAUCUCUUGGAUAUCCACUGGGCGUGGUUUCUGAAACUGUUAGUCUUGUAUGUCCUGAAGAGCUUGUGGAGGCAGCAGUUAAAAAGGUGCAUGAUGAUUCAAGGUUAUUUGUUCUUGAAAUUGGGACUGAAGAGCUGCCACCUCAAGAUGUUGUUGAUGCAAGCCAGCAAUUGAAAGAUUUAAUGGUUCAGUUACUAGCAAAGCAAAGACUGAGCCAUGGUGACGUACAAGCUUUUGGCACACCUCGCCGACUGGUGGUUUCUGUUGAGAAUCUCUGCACUAAACAAAUGGAGAAUGAGGUUGAGGUUCGAGGGCCUCCUGUUUCAAAAUCUUUUGAUGAUCAUGGAAAUCCUACGAAGGCUGCCGAGGGUUUCUGCCGGAGAUACUCUGCACAAUUGAACUCGUUAUAUAGAAAGUCUGAUGGGAAAACAGAAUAUGUCUAUGCUCGUGUAAUAGAAUCCGCCAGAUUUGCUUUGGAGGUUUUGUCUGAGGAUUUGCCUAAUGCGAUUGCAAAAAUUUCAUUUCCAAAGUCAAUGCGCUGGAACUCUCAGGUUAUGUUUAGCAGACCUAUUCGUUGGAUUUUGGCACUGCAUGGAGAUGUAGUUGUGCCCUUUACUUUUGCUGAAGUUUUGAGUGGAAACCUGUCUUAUGGUCUUCGUAACACUUCUUCAGCUACUGUCGUGGUUGAAAGUGCUGAAUCCUAUGCCGGUGCAAUGAGGAAUGCUGGGAUCAAUAUUGAAAUGGAGGAACGUAAGAAAACAGUAUUGGAGGGCUCUAAUGCAUUAGCCAGAAGUGUAAACGGACAAGUGUUUAUUCAGGAAGGCUUACUCAAUGAGGUUGUAAAUCUCGUAGAGGCACCUGUACCGGUCCUUGGGGAGUUUAAAAGGUCUUUCUUAGAGCUUCCUAGUGAUCUUCUGACUAUGGUUAUGCAGAAGCAUCAGAAGUAUAUUGCUGUGAGGGAUGAAAAUGGAAGUCUUUUGCCAUACUUCAUUGCUGUGGCAAAUGGAGCAAUUGAUGAGACCGUGGUCAAAAAAGGAAAUGAGGCUGUACUGAGAGCUCGCUAUGAAGAUGCUAAAUUCUUCUAUGAAAUGGAUACACGGAAACAGUUUUCAGAAUUUAGAAGUCUACUUAAAGGGAUUCUUUUCCAUGAGAAGUUAGGAACAAUGUUGGACAAGGUGCUGCGCAUUCAGAAUAUGGUUAACAAACUAAGCUUGGCCCUUGGAAUGGAUGACAACACAAAUAAAACUGUCCAGAGUGCUGCAUCACUUGCUAUGGCAGAUCUGGCUACAGCAGUUGUCACAGAAUUUACUUCCCUUUCAGGAGUAAUGGCUCGUCAUUAUGCUCUUAGAGAUGGCUAUUCAGAGCAGGUUGCAGAGGCUUUGUUUGAGAUCAUGCUUCCGAGAUUUUCUGGAGAUAUACUUCCUAAAACUGAUGCAGGCAUAGUUCUGUCCAUUGCUGACAGAUUAGAUAGCCUUGUCGGCUUAUUUUCUGCUGGUUGUCAGCCCAGUUCUGCUAAUGACCCAUUUGGCCUGAGACGAAUCUCUUAUGGUCUUGUCCAGGUGUUGGUGGAACAAGAUAAGCAUCUGGACUUACGACAAGCAUUGGAACUUGCUGCAGAUGUCCAACCCCUUAAAGUAGAUCCAAGUACUGUAAAUGAUGCACAUCAAUUUGUGACAAGGAGAUUAGAGCAAUAUCUGGUUGAUAAGGGAAUAAGUUCAGAAGUGGUUCGUUCUGUCCUUGCAGAGCGUGCAAACUUGCCUUGCCUGGCAGCAAGGUCUGCAUGUAAAAUGGAAGCCUUGUCGAAAGGCUCGCUUUUCCCAAAGGUUGUUGAAGCAUAUUCUCGUCCGACAAGAAUAGUCCGAGGAAAGGAUGUAGACCCUCAUAUUGAGGUGGACGAGGCAGCUUUUGAGACAGACGAAGAGAAAGCUUUAUGGAGUUCUUUCUUGUCAGUUAGAAACAAAAUAUGUCAUGGUAUUGAGAUUGAUGAGUUUGUUGAAAUAUCAUCACAACUACUACAACCCCUUGAAGAUUUCUUUAAUCAUGUGUUUGUAAUGGUGGAAGAAGAAAGAGUCCGCAAGAACAGGCUUGCUUUGCUGAAGAAAAUUUCUGACCUUCCAAGUGGAAUAGCAGACCUCUCGAUUUUGCCUGGAUUUUAAGUUUUGUCUUGAUUGUAGUCAUUAUAGCAAAGGAAUAUCAUUUUUUUUGCAGAAGAGAAUAAUACGAGGGAGAGGAGGAGAACGAACAGUGUCAUGGGUGUAUUUGGCUUCCAGCUUGUGAUGUUAGUUUGCAUAAUUUCAGAGUUAUAUUUAUCAAAUAUCAAGGCUUGUUAAAGACAUGUUUUUAGUGUAAAUUGAAUGAGUUGGAAAUUCAUUGUAAAGAACAGAAAAGAAGUGUUACAUGGCAAAUCCAUAAAUAUUGAGUAGCUGUAAUUCUAUGACAUUAUAAAUGGCGUUAAUUUGACA